AUGGAUUUUCCACGGAUGGAGAUGAGCGUAUUGGUUAGUGUAGUCUGGAGCAGUUUGUUCCCAACGAGAAGAACGAGCCGGAUGGGGGUCACGUUGGCCCUGAAGACAUCAACAGCCAGGGCGACGAAGCCGGAAAGGUUGCUGACGAAGGGCGCGUGUGAACGGAGAUGCUAA